CUCACUAGUACUUUCUAUAACUGGUGAAUUGGUGCGACAGGUGUCUGUUACGUUUGAUUCCAUAUAAAAGUUGUGUAAAAAUGAGUUACCCCCCGCACGGCCCACCGCCACCCCCGUACUACGGCGCCCCACAACUGCCUUGGCCUAUUCCUCCCCCUUACAGUUAUCCACCUCCUCCAUCUACCUAUCAACCCCCUCAGCAUUCGCACCAGUACCCCCCGGCGCCAGAUCAAAGUCAGAGCGGUCAGCCCGCUCCUUACCCUUACUUCGUGCCGGGGACCAUGAUGGUACCAGUGCCGAUCCCACAUGAGCCCCCCAGCCAACCUACUUAUAUAACCAACUACAUAUAUCACGGAGAGACAGCCGCCACGAGCUCCGAGCCUGUACAGGUAGCUGAGAGUUCGGGAGACUUCGAUUGGAUACCCACGACCGCGACGACGGCAGGACAUCUUACAGGCAAGGCGGUGCUUGGCGGCCACGAGGGUUGGGACGGAAGCCCGCUCUGGGUGAUCCGGUCCUGGCACAACGGGGACCUGAUCCCCGGUAAGCUGUCGGUUAGACACAACGCGGCAUCCGUCAUGUACAAUGGGAAGGAGAUUCCGGCGCAAAACAUUGAAGUACUCUGCGCGAAGCCAGAGAAUCUGCGAUGGGUACCGGCGUCGAAUGGAAAUGUACCUCCCGGCGCUAUUCCUGGGGGGAAGACGAUAUCCGGGGAGACGCUGUACAUCGGCCGGGCGCGGCACCAGCUGUCCAUCACACCGGGCAAGGUGCAUCCCAGCCACAACGCGUGCUACAUAGGCUUCGGCGGCGCAGAGGUCGUGCACAAGAUGUACGACGUCCUCUGCAGGAUUAGUUGAACUUUUGAUGAGCUCACAGUGAACAAUAUAAACAAAUUUAUACAACAGAUAAAAUUUAUAUAACAGUAUACAAAUGUUUUGCGUGAAAUUUUAUCUUACAUCGAUAAGCGCUGAUAAAAUAAACGGAAUUUUGAUAUUGUCUGAACAUUAGUAAGUAAUAUAGUUUUGUAAAUAUUAAUUCUAUGUAUAAAUAAAUGCCUUUAUAAAUUA